CUUUCUGCUUUCCUGAAUCUGGCAGAGGACCAGAGUCAGCAAGAAGAGAGGGGGUGGAAGAAAGCACUUGAAGAGGACUGAACAUUUGCACUGGUGCUGUGAGCUGCUUUGGUGGUGAAAGGAACUUGCUGAGCCAGAAAGAUGCGCGAGUAUACGGAAAAGAAGGAAACAUGUGGGACCAUCUGUCUCAAGUACCUGCUCUUCAUCUUCAACUUCUUUUUCUGGCUGGCUGGCGGGGCUGUGAUGGCAGUGGGCACCUGGACCCUAGCUGAGAAGAGUGACUACAUCAGCCUGCUCUCUUCCAGCACGUAUUCGGCAACUGCUUAUAUUCUGGUGGUGGCUGGGGUGGUUGUCAUGGUUACUGGCAUCCUUGGUUGCUGUGCCACCUUCAAAGAGAGUCGGAAUUUGCUAAGAGUGUACUUCAUAUUAUUGCUAUGCAUCUUUCUCCUGGAGAUCAUUGCUGGAAUCCUGGCCUAUAUCUACUAUCAGCAGCUGAGCAUGGAGCUGAAGCAAAAUUUGAAGAACACCAUGACGCAGAAGUACCGGAAGGAGGGAGAAGAGAGCGUUACCAGUGCAGUAGACAAACUGCAGCAGGAGUUCAAGUGCUGUGGGAGCAACAACUACACAGACUGGGCUGACAGCCUGUGGAUCAAAUCUUCAGAGGCCAAUGGACGGAAAGUCCCAGACAGCUGCUGUAAGACGAUAACUGACCUGUGUGGCCGAAGAGACCAUCCUUCCAACAUCUACAAGGAGAGCGGUUGCAUUACCAAGCUGGAAAACUUCAUUCAAGAGCAUCUGAAAAUUAUCGGGGCAGUGGGGAUCAGCAUUGCUUGUGUGCAGAUCUUUGGGAUGAUUUUCACCUGCUGCUUGUACAAGAGUUUAAAGCCAGAACCAUAUUAAUAGCUGCGGGAACUCUGUCACUCCCCCUCUGCCACUUCCCUUAGCGCCUGCCAACCUGACCACUUUUUACCACCACCACAGAAGUGUCUGUAACCUGAGGACUUGGCUCUGUAAUUAAAUGCCUUUCAAACCACGCACCGCCUUACCUGCCCCUUUGGGGGAAAGUCACCCUCCUUGUUGUGUACAAGGCAGCCAGGAGUUCAGCGGGUCCUCUUCAUUGUCAAGAAACAAAAGAGCUGUGGAUCUUCUGCUAGAAGCUUUAGCGAAACAGACCCUUGAUGUAACUACGAAGUAAGAUUUAUCCAGGGCCAUUUCUCUUGAGGCUUUUCCUGAGCCAACAUGAAGGUAUCAGGAUGCUAUACAAGAACUAUGGUUUGCUCUCUGAGAAGUGGCUCAGCAGCACCAGGCAUUGACUGUGAGGACAGAUGAUGUUUCUGUGCUGAGCUGGAGCCAGAGCUGAGUCUCUCAUACAUGGAAGAUUUCUUUCCCUCCUCCCAAGUGUGCACCAAUGUCCUAACACAGCUGUUCUCCACCUGAGAGGAUGCCUGCCUGGUUGCUUGGGGCAGGAGCUACUCUCCCUGCUGAUUGGGAGCAUAACUUGGUGCAGUUGAAAUCUUGUCAUGACUCUGAUGUUGCCAAGAUGUGGGUGCCUUAGGAUUUCUCAGCAAUCCUUCCUCCUC